CGUCUCCUGGCGACCGUGGCACCGGAAGUGUGUUUUUAUGAAGCCGUUAAAAGCCAGUUGACGUCGGCUAGCUAACAUUAGCUGUCAGCCAGGUUCAGUCAUUGUGCAGGAUGGAGGUGACACGCCAAAAUUUUAAAGACAGUUUAAAGACGGUUUACAGUGCGAUAGAGGAGGCUGACUUCCUUGCCAUCGAUGGAGAAUUUUCAGGGAUAAGUGACGGUCCUAAUGUGAGUGCACUUACCAAUGGCCUGGACACACCAGAGGAGAGGUACACAAAGCUUAAAAAGCACUCCAUGGACUUUCUGCUGUUCCAGUUUGGCUUAUGCACAUUCACGUACGACCAGACAAAGUCAAAGUAUAUCAUAAAGCCUUUUAAUUUUUAUGUAUUCCCGAAACCGUUCAACAGGACCUCCCCUGACUUAAAGUUCAUCUGUCAGAGUUCCAGCAUUGACUUCCUGGCCAGUCAGGGGUUUGACUUCAACAAGGUGUUCUGUCAUGGGAUCCCGUACCUGAACCAGGAAGAGGAGGCCCAGCUGAGGGAGCAGACGGAGGAGAGGAGAAAUCAACAAGCCAACGGUAUCAAUAAUCAAUCCUUCAUCUCUCCAUCCUCCAAAGGCCCAGCACACGUACCUCAGGAACACAAGGACUACAUCAACAGAGUGAUAGGGAAGGUCGAGGCGCUCUUCACUGGCUCAGAGAAGACUUUGGACUUGGAGCCAUGCACUGGGUUUCAGAGAAAGCUGAUCUACCAGACUCUGAACUGGAAGUUUCCCAAGGGGCUUCAUGUAGAAACUGUGGAAACAGAAAAGAAGGAACGGUUCAUCCAGGUCAGCAAAGUAGAUGAUGAAGAGAGGAAGAGGAGGGAACAGCAGAAACUGGAGAGGGAGCAGGAGGAGCUAAAUGACGCCGUUGGCUUCUCCAGGGUGAUCCACGCCAUCUCCAAAUCUGGUAAACUUGUGGUUGGCCACAACAUGCUGUUAGAUGUGAUGCACACCAUCCACCAGUUCUACCUCCCUCUGCCAGAGGAUCUUCCAGACUUUAAAGAGGUCACAAUGUGUGUGUUCCCGAGACUCCUGGACACAAAGUUGAUGGCUUCCACUCAGCCGUUCAAGGAGCUGAUCAACAACACAUCUCUGGCAGAGUUGGAGAAGCGAGUGAAAGAGGGCCCCUUCAAGUCCCCACAAGUCGAAACGGCAGAAGGCUUCCACAGUUACGACACGGCCCAGGAGCAACUCCACGAGGCCGGGUACGACGCUUACAUCACCGGCCUCUGUUUCGUCUCCAUGGCCAACUACCUGGGAUCUUUUCUGACUCCACCCAAACCACACAUCGCCGCUCGCUCCAAACUAAUCGAUCCGUUCUUCAACAAGCUUUUCCUGAUGAGGAUAAUAGAUAUUCCCUACCUCAACAUCACAGGACCAGAUUUGACCCCUAAAAGAGACCACGUCCUGUAUGUCACCUUCCCUAAAGAAUGGAAGACCAGUGACCUCUACCAGCUCUUUAGUGCCUUUGGAAACAUCCAGGUAUCCUGGAUAGACGACACGUCAGCGUUUGUGUCUCUCAGUCAGACGGAUCAGGUACAGAUAGCGAUGAACACAAGCCGCUACGCAGAGAGUUACAAGAUCCAGACGUACGCAGAGUACAUUAAGGGGAAGCAGAGCAAGGAGAAGGUCGGACAGACGCCCAAAAGUUGGGGCGAGGACGGCUGGAACAAGCCGAACUACACCCCCGCUACGACUGCUGGCUUUGGAUAUCCCAGGGGUUUGGGGAAGCGCAGCAUAAGUCCUGUUCUGGGGGAGCCGGGGACCGGAGACGCUAUGAAGACAGAUGGCUGGAGUAACUACUCGUACCCCGACAGCACGGGCAGCAAGAGGAUGAAAACUGAUGACAAAAGCGGACAAGCAAAUGCCGACGCCAUCGAGAGCAAGACCUCAGAGGGCUGGCUAAAGAUGGCAGAUGCAUCAGAUUCAGCGGGGUCCAGUCCAAUCCCUGAGGAGGGGGAAGAAGAAGAGGAAGAAGGAGAGGAGGAGGUGGAGGAGGGAAGCCCUGAAGGCAACGAUAAUGAAGGCACGGUCACCUGGCAACAAGCCCCCACAUCCAAAGGUCAAAAGAACAAGAAGAAGUCUAAAGGGACUGAAUCCUCCACCUCGCUGUUUGACGUCCCGGAGGUGUGGUAGCGAGAGGUGAGGCGUGGAAGCCUCUGUCCCACAUCUCAGUCUUUCUCAGCACUUGGGUCGUUCUCCUAUCACCUUCGGGAGCUGCUCACCCCCCCCGCCCAAAAUUCUUUUGUUCACUCGACAGCUGCGGACACCGUGUCCAAAGCCAACCGCCGAGCUUCUUCACUGGACUAUUGAAGGAGCGAACACAAGCCAUAACGACAGCUGCCAUAUUUUGAUCUUCUACCAGAGGAGCGGGAAACUCCUCUGGGUAACCGCGCGCACAUCCUUCACUAUAAUCCUAAAAGCUCCAGGAAUGAUCAUUUAUUCAGACUGGAAUCUGUCACUAUGAAACCCGUUUUUAACGACACUGUCACCUCCUAUCAGUCUUAUAUUUUGUGAGUAUGAGUUGUGCAUGUGAGGAGAACCACCGUCAGGUGCUGUAGUUUACGCCGUCAUGGUUAUUUAGUAUUUUAAAGCUGUCCAUUAUUUGGUUCCCUUUUCUUUUUUUUAACAAAAAAAUUGAGUUCUGUCAACUACCCCAGUUUUAUUCCAACAUAUAUAAGCUUAUCAAUAUUAAUGUGGUGUUUAUUGUUGGCGGCACUUUGACCUUUCGCGACUGGUGCUUUGUUUUCGUUUUGUACAGACUUGAUCUUUACCUUUUCUUUGUGUUCAUUGUUUUGUAAACGUGUCGACCUGCAACAAUGUCAAAGUAUGUUCCGGUGUAAACGUUAAGAAGACGUAUACAUUUUUGUAAAACAAAGUUUAAAAGUACUUAAAAUAUUUCCUUAAAAGGGAAAAAAUUAAAGACUGUUUCUUAGUA